CUGGAUUUACUGAAAAAAUUAGUUAAACGUAUUUCAAGCAUGGACAACGGGUAUGUCGAUGUAACCAGCCUUGAAGUAAAUGGAGUUCAAAGUCGCAAACAUCCAGCGUUGACGAAAAAAGUUACAAUGGACAAAAUUAAAGAUGAGCGCGUUAAUCCAGAUACUGGCGAACGCGAGUAUUUGGUCAAAUUCAAGCCAAUGAAGGAGUCUUGGGAGAGGGCUGUCGAGGUUGAAGAGUUUGCUGAACUUGUUCAAUCAUAUAAGACACGCAAAGAGAAAGCUCCAAAGUAUGUUGAGGACGAGGAACUCGACGAUGAAGAAGACGUUUCAAUCAAUAAUGAGUCUAAUGACAAAAAUUAUGACAAUCGUCGACAUUCUGAACGCAGACGAAAGACUACUAAACGAUUAGUUGAAGAAAGUUCGGUCAAAAAGAACAGUGUCCGUCGAAAAGCUUCAGCCCGUAGGAGUGGAGCGUCUCUCAAGGAUAUGGCUGGGAUGGAGGACUCUGAUGCUGAUGCCGAAUACAAAGUUGAGACUAUUUUGGAAAAGAAAGUUGGCAAGAACGGAAGAGAACAAUACUUGAUUAAGUGGAAAGGCUUCGGGCCAGAAUGGAAUUCUUGGGAGCCUCGAAAAGGGAUUGCUCAUUUGGAUGUCUUUAAGAAGUAUGAAGAGAAAUUAAAAAAUAAUGAGGGAGAAGAAGAAGAAAGUGAUGAUGAUAAGGAAUAUAUUGCUGAGAAAGUUUUGGAUCGAAAAAUUGGAAGAGAUGGAGAAAUCGAGUAUUUCAUCAAAUGGGAAGGUUAUGACGAUGACCGUAAUUCUUGGGAGCCAAAAAGUGGUGUUGGACAUCUUAAAGCAAUUAAGGAAUAUGAUGCUUUGAAUCCUUUGCCCGACAAAAAGGGGGGCAAACGAAAGAGUCAAGAUGCUACGGACACUCCAUCAACUUCGAAAUCUGCUGCUUCGCUUACUAAUGGUUCGGCUAAGAAAAGCAAGAAGCGUCGUCGUCGCUAUUGAACUGCUUUGGGUAUUAAGUAUGUUUGUGGGUCCCCAUUUUUUACUUCCUUUCGAUUCCUAUAUUUUCCUUUUACUUUAUAUCCUCCUUAUUUUGCCUGAGGUAUUUGGUUGAGUGUUUAUGAUUCCAAUGGAAAACUCAGAUUGUGGAAAGGUGUUGAAUUUAUUUUGGAGGGCCAUAUCUUGGCCUUAUCAAAAAACGGGCGAAAACGGCACAAAAUCCUUGCUAGAAAGGGCACAUUCUCUAUUGAAUGAGCCCGGUCUCGACUGUUUUUAGGUCGGCACCUCGCAGCCUUUCCUUGUUAGCAGAGAGCCCCACCCUUUCCCCCUGAAAUUUAAGAAAAAAUCUUCAGAGUUCUAUCCACUGGAUUCACCCCUUGAUGCCUGCCAAUCAGUAUGUCCCGUUGAAUGAGUAACUAAAUUAUUUUUUCCAUCAAAACUUCCCUAUAUACUUAAAUCUUUUUGAUAUUGCCUCAAAGAGAAAAGGGAAAUGGUGGGAAUUGUUAGGAAGGAAAAACUGGGUGCCCUUUAACAUAAUUAUUACAAAGAUUUUGCUUCUCGUUUUUUGGAUUGAUUCUCGUUUUUGGACAUAUAUAUAUUUUAAUUCACUCGUUUAAAUUAUUUUAAAAAAUAUUUUCCUCUACUACACACACACUUUUCUUUACUCCCAUUUAUUUUGCGAAAAAAUAUAUAUAUUUAAUUUUUGGGCCUUUUUUUUGCCAAAAUUUGCCAAAUUAAUUCCCAAAAAAAUAUAUAUUUUUUUUAAUAUAAAUACCCGGACAUUUACUUGCACAAUUUUAAAAAAUCCAAAACUUAUUUUAGAAUUUCUCCACAACUUUUAUUGCUAUUUAUUUUUAAAUUAAAGAUA